UAUAUAACAGCAAAAAUCAGAGAGUGAAGAAAAAAAAUCUAAAAAAAAAAAAUUUGAAUUGAAACGAAAAAACGCCAUGGAUCAAAAAAUUCUCAUCGUGUUCGUUCUUCUUCUGAAUCUCAUAUCAAAAUCGUUCCAAAACCCUAACCCUAAAAUCCCCAAAUCGACACCAUCACCGGCACACAUAGAGCUUGCCAGUUAUGGCUUCCCCAUUGGUCUUCUUCCCGCCACCACCGUCUUAGGUCAUGCUAUUAACCAUACUUCCGGUGAUUUCACCGUUAAACUCGGUGGCGCGUGUAAAAUCACGCUCCCUCCUGAUAACUACGUCGCUACCUACUCCGAUACCAUCACAGGGAAAAUUGUGAAAGGUAAAAUCGCAGAGCUCGAUGGAAUUAGAGUUCGCGCUUUCUUUAAGUGGUGGUCCAUCACCGGAAUUAAAUCCUCCGGUGAUGAUGUUGUUUUCGAGGUUGGAAUGGUCACCGCGAAGUAUCCUUCGAAGAAUUUCGAUGAUAGCCCCGCUUGCGAGGGUCAGCACUCUGCUUCAUGAGAAGAAGGUGCAUGCAUUAUGCAUAAAACAGGGUAUUAGCUACUUAUUCUCAGCCUGUGUAUGUAAGUAAUGCGAUAAAAUCCAGUUCCACUAAGUGAAGAUAAUUUAGAAGCCUCUCAUAUUGUGUAAUAUUUAUUAUUCUACUAGUGCUUUCAUGUAAUGGAAUUUAUUAUUCAUGUUACAACGAAUCUACUUUGAUAUCACUUGUUUAUCAUGGUCACGUUACUUGUUGGACUCUUAAUAAGGCCACUUUGAACUUUUUUUAUUUGAUAUAUUCUCUGUUAAUUAA